UAGCUGUGUAGUUACAUUUGACACUUGCUUUAAAGAUUAUAAAUUGUAUAUUUAUUUGAAUUAAAUAAAUGUCUCGUUAAUUGUUGAGUUUGUGAAGGUAUCAAGUAUCUUUCUGUACAUUUCUUCUGUGAUAUUUCAAUAAAAGACUGCACGAUGACCGAUAUCGAAUGGGUUGCACGUUCAGUAGAUUAUGGAUCAGUAAAAGUUCCAUUUAUGGAAGAAGUGACGGAUCAUCCCUUAAAGCCGGUUAUUGUUACUAUGAUGGAUGGACGCAGUGGAAUUAAAAGAGGCGCUUUGCGUAGUACUAGUACCGGCUCAUCAACAGGGACACCUACUCCAAUACAUACUCCAUUCCAAGUACCCAACCCUUUGACUGAUCCUUUAUUAAACCACUCUUCCUUGGAUGGUUCUGAUCCUCUUACACAAUUCGCUCGUGAGGACUUAGAUCCUUUAUCCAAGAUGGCUGCCGACGAAUGGGAUUACUCUUCGAAUGCUGCAGCUGUUGGAAAAAAGUCAAAGGAUACCAUGGAUGAAUUGGUACAGCCUUGGCUAGCAAGACGUACUGCAAUAUUGAACAAAUAUACAACAUCGGAGAAAUUAUCUAUAGUAACAAGUUUCUUACCAGGCGGAGAAAAAGUGAUUGUGAAAGUCCAACCCAGUGGUACUUUAGUCGAUAAAGUUAGAACAAGAUUGGAGCAACUUGAUGAUUUUGAAGAAGGCUCUGUGAGGCAAAUGAUGGAUCUAUCGCAGCAGGAAUACACAGUUCGCAUAGAGCAGUUAAACAAUGAACUCGUGCAAGCUUGGCAUUCUGAUCAACGAGUGAAAGCUUUAAAAAUAGCAAUACAGUGCGCCAAGCUGUUAGUGGAUACAUCGGUCAUUACUUUUUACCCCAGCAAAUUCGUACUCAUCACAGACAUCUUGGAUACCUUUGGUAAACUCGUUUACGAGCGGUUGAAAAGGAAAGCUGAAUAUUACAAACCAGGCAGCAAAGUACCAACAAGCUUACCAGACAAUUUCACCCCGGAUAUUGUUACGGAAGUUGCUAAAGAAAUUUGUCGUAAUUGGUUUUACAAAAUAGCCUCAAUACGCGAGUUGGUACCACGACUUUAUGUGGAAAUGGCGAUUAUCAAGUCGUAUAGAUUUUUGACAACAAGUGAAUUUAGUACUGCCCUUUUGCGAAUAACCCGCAUGAUUCGUGGGAUUGGAAAUCCAUUGAUAGCGGUUUAUGCAAGAUGCUACUUGUGUCGUGUUGGAUUGGCACUCAAUCAAUCUUCAGACUUUGAAUUCGCCAAGGAAAACUUCUAUGACUUUCUAGCUGUUUACGGUCAACUGUUUAGUCAGUCCUUAUCAUAUGAUUUAAAUGGGCAGAGUAUAUCCCUACAUACUUAUCUUAGUCUUUAUACUCCUGCGUUGGAUUGGAUCAUGGAAGUUAUGGCAACUACAGCAUCCGAGAAUCUUCUUGAUGAAAUACUUUCUCGAAGCAAGCAGCAAGCUAAUAGUGGAUUACUGUUGAACAGUAUCCUUGCAACUUUCAAACCAGCAUACAUAGCAGCUCGGUCAAUGGAAUUUGUUAAUUUAAUUGCUGGCUGUGAAGAUGAUGGAUUUCCACAAUAUCUUUUGUAUCGCAGUCUGGGUGAAUGCCUCGUAGAGGAAGCACCACCCAAGAAUGAUUGUCGUCCUGUCUUAAAUACAGUUUGGCAAUACGUACUAGGUCUUAAGGAUCCUGCAAAAUUUAUGCAUUGCUCUGAAAUUUGGAUACAGUUCACAGUCAUUCAUUUUUCUAUGCAUGAAUUGAACCUAUUCCUGGGAGAAGUGAUCAGUCAUCUCAGUCCGAACAGAGCUUUCGAACAUUAUUAUUCUCAACUGCAAACCAUCGUAGAGAAAAUUGUUGCUCAUACUCAAGAUUUUGAGUCAUUGCUCACUAUGGAGAAUUUUCUACCUCUGAUUGAUCUUUUUCAUAAGGAAAGCAUCAAGGUCGAAGUAUGCAAAACCGUGAUAGAAGGUUUUAGUACUCAAAGUGGACCAAUAACGGAUCCAAUAAUAAUAAGCGCCCUUAUGUUUAUCUCGAGAAUAAUGCACGACUCGGUCAGUGCGCUCACGGUGGACGAUGAAAAGCGACAAAUUGGCAAUUUAAUAUGUGGCCUAGUUCAAAGAGUCGAUUACGGUCGGGACUUUGAGAAGCAGUUGAGCUUUUAUGCAGAGGCCAGGGCCGCUUUUCCCAAUCUCGACUCUGUACACAUACAGCUGGUACAGUGUGUAAAUAGAUUGUCAGUCGAUACAAGGAAAAUUGUCCGUGGCCAUCAUACUAGAAGAACCUCUGCAUUUGUUCGUGCUUGCGCAGCUUUUUGUUUCAUCACCAUUCCAUCUUUAACAUUAGUGCACACUCGACUUCAGUUGUAUCUUCUAUCGGGACAAGUGGCCCUUUUAAAUCAGUGCCUUGGCCAAGCCGAUGCCUGCUUCAAGGCAGCCCUUAGCUUGGUUCCAGAAAUGCCAAAGACAAUAGACAUCGAUGGAAGACAAAAGAGCUCAGAGCCAUACUUGGUUUCCUAUCUUUCUAACUUUCUUUCUACGCUACUGGUAGUUCCCGACAGCCCUGAACAUGGAGUGUUGUAUUUAAUGCGAGGACUUUUAAAUGCUGUGCAAAGGUGUUUCGAACAGAAUGCUACGACAAAGUUCUAUCUCUACUUAAGAGUACUGGAUCUGCUGUCGACUGUCACUCAAGAGACCUAUCCUUAUCACGUUGAUAAGGUCGACUCAAAUGAUAAGCUGUACGGCUCCGAUAAGAAAUUUAUCGGAGAAGUCAAUAAAAUAUGUUCGAAGGUUCUUGAGGAAAUAUUGAAUCACUUGAAGUACCUCGGCAGUACUGAUCAAUUAGAUAAACAGUCGGCCUUGGCCUUUGAGCUGUUUGAUCGCAUAAUAACACGUGCAGAUUUACAAGAUUCGGCCUUAGCAACUAUUGCAGUGAAUCUGUGGAAUUUAUCACACAGACAUGGUUCAAUCGACCCCAAAUUAUCGAUCCCAACGAUACAUUAUAUAACUCGAAGGAGUCAUCAACCACACUUUGCCGAUAUUCUCAGGAAAAUAAAAAAAUAAUUGUGGUACAGAUUAAACUCGAGCAUCCGGUAUACACGAAGGAUCUCCAUGGUAUGCAGUGUACAAAUUGUAUUAUAAUCGUAUAUCAAGUUUCAUUUAGAAAAACAUGAGAACACAUUGAAACAAAUUAGAUAUUUCAUAAACGGAAGCAGACUGUUACGUUUUUGGCUUUGUGAAAGAAUAAUGCAGUAAAAUUAGUUAAUCCUAAUUCAACAGUAUUCCUUACUGAAAUUUGGAUAAUAAACUUUGCACAAUACAGACUGGACAUUUAAAUAAAGAAUCGUUUAUUGAUUCUCAAAACUUCGUAAUACUUAACCAAUAAAAAAAAAUGGCGAAUAUUUUACAAUACAAAAUACCGUCACGGUGAACUGGAUUGAAAACUGUGAAUGACAAGAAGCGUAAUAUUAUAUAA